AUGGUCAAGCAGUCUGAGAGCCCCGAGGAGCAGCCGAACACUGGGGUCUUGGGUCGUCUCGGGAGCUGGCUCUCUCCAUGGAGGGGAAAGGGUCCCAGUGAAAAUGUCUCCUCAACUACCGAUAAGGCUCUUAAAUCAGAGGGAGAAGAGGAGAAUCAGAAGCCUCUGAGACUCCGGGCAAAGAAUCAAGAGUGGGAGGAGGAGAAGGAACAGAGCUCCAAUCCCAAUCCACGCCGUCUCUCCAGAGACAUUUUCCCCUGUGAAGAACGGGACGCCACGCAGUCUGCCCACAGAGACGGCUCUAUUGUGAGCAGCACUGAGACAGCAGAAGGAGGUCCAGAAGAGGAGGAGUUUGUGGAUUGCAGGGAGAAGAGCAUAGAGCAGAGCAAGGAGAGGGAAGAGAGCAGCAACGGUUCUUCAGCGAGCGGGAAUCCUAAGAAGAAUGCCAGUCAUCUGACACAUCUCUCUUCUGAGCAGGGAGUGGUAUGGGACUCUGACCGGGCCCACGCACAGCCUCAAGCACAGCGACACGCACAGGCCCAGGCAGGCAGGAGGCUCCAGGUGUACCUGGAGGAGACCAGCGUGACUCACAGGGGUAACGACACCUGUGAUCGACAGGAAAUUGUCGAAGUGACAAAAAAGAACCUAAAUGUCCUCCCCAAAGCAAAGUCAUCACCAAGUUUUGAUUUGAGCUCAAGUUCAACACGUGCAGAGAACAAAAGAACAAAUGUGAAGUCUGCUGUUGGGGCACAGAGUUAUUACAGUGCAAUAGUGGGAGUGUCACUGAAAGCACACAUAGACUCACAGUCAGAGCCUGAAUCUGAAGAACAAACAGACAACAUGGGGCGUAAAAACCCAGCCAGGAGGAAAUUUAGGAAAAACUCUCAGGGAGAUGAAGGGAACAGCCCGCAAGAACAAAAGCCUCCCACUGACCUACCUGUCCCAGAGGGAAUCCCUACAUCAAAUAACUCAUUGACCAGUGCUCAGGGAGAAAGUCCAAAGACUCACAUGGGAGAGUCAUCUGCAAACUCCUCCUCCAUGCACAACCCCACCUAUCAGGCUUCACCUGGAGGAGCAGAGAUUAAGACUUCCUGCCCUGAUACUGUCAAGCCGUUGGACAACUUCCAGGAUUCAAAUUCAGUCAUUGCAGCCAGUCUGGCAUGUGUGGUGGACAGGGAUGCAAACAUGGAGGACGGCGACAGUCUUUACAAAGUAGAAAGGAAGACAGAGACACCAGAGUCCAAACGCAGGAGUUUGAAGGUUUCUCGAAGUGAGGUGAAGCUUUUUACUAAAAAUGUGCCUUUGAAUCCUAAAUCAAGUCCAGCAAGAGACACCCAGGAGUUUAAGGCACCGAUAGAGAAAAACAAAGAUGAAGCGCAGGAUAAGCCCAACACAGCGAUUGAUGCCAGACACCAGCUGAAGAAAAUUGACGAGGAGUCUAAGCAAGUCGUCGGCCGCAUAGCAGAUAAAAUCAACCUCUUUGAGCGCCCAGCAGCGGGGGUCAACAAGCAGAACCUGAGGAUUGCUGAUGUCUCUCCAGUCAGGAAAGCCACAGAGAGGGUGAAAGCAGAUUUUGUGUCGCUAGAAAAGAGGUCAAGAUCAGGUGAACGUUACGAAAUGGCGAGGUCCAGCUCUUCAUCACCCGUCAGGGAGACGCCGAUGACGAUCAAAGAGCGAUCGAGGAACUUCACGGAGUCAUCUAAAUCAGACGUCAGGCCAGCGCUGUCUCAAAAGCCAGCCAUUACAGGGAAGUCGCAAAACGCCGCCUCGUCUGUUGCAGUUGCUGCAUCAAAGUCACCAGAACUGGGCAGUCAGGGUAAACCGGAUACUAAAGAGCAAAUACAGAAAGCAAAGUCAGAGAUAACAUUAAAACCAGAUGGACAAGAUACCACGGCUGUAGGGGUGAAGAUUUCCAUUCCUAAAGAACAACCAACAGACUCCACAACAAACAACACUGUUGCCUUGAAAACAGCUGAUCAGGGUACGAAACCAGACAGUGUGGAAACAGAUGUUCCAGCUAAAGGGACAGGCGAUUCUGCAGAACUGACCAACAUCAGUAGCCCACAGUCCAAAGGCCCUAGCAGAAUAGGCUCCCGCUCUAAAAGAAGAAAAGGUAGGGAACCAAACAGUCCCAGCAGCCCACAUGGUGAAAACAAACCAGAUUACUCAACAAGUAAACCAGCUGUUAAUAUGGUGGAUGAUACAGAGGAGGCGGAAAAAGUCUCAUUACCAUCUGAAAAUACAUCAGAAAAACAGUCUGAUGUGCCUGAUACCAAACAAAAAGCUUGUAAGAAGCAGCUGGUGGUGUUAGACAAACAGAAGAAAAGGUUGGAUUCUUCAUUUAAAAAGGAGAAUAUUGAUAACCCGCUGACCAGACAGGAAGGAUUCCCUGAACCAUCUGUCAACAAAGAUGAACCUGACUCUGCUGCUGGUAGCAAUGGAACAAAGACGACUAUUGACAAGGAUUCUGCUAUUUUACCCCAAAAGGAGGAAAAGGCAGGGGGACACAGUCUCUUAUUCACACAGAGGAGAGAAAAAGCCUCCAAGGACAGCAGAGAAACGCCAGCCUCCUCCCCCUCACCUACGGUUGAACAACCUACCGAGAAGACUUCUUCCAUGAAGCAAGGGCCACCUGUUGAACAUCCCAAAUUAGAUAAAGAAUUGCCCACGCAAUCGGAAUCGAAAAAUAAAGGAAAAGUAAAGGAAACUAAUAAAAAAGACACAGGGCAAACUCCACCACCUCCAAACAAGGACAUAGAAGUAAUACAUCAGGCCGAGAGAAAAGAUGUGGACAAUUUAGAAAAGGUGGAGGGCGAAAAGACUAAUCAGACUGAGAGGAAUAACAAAGACAAACCACAGCCGCUCCUGCGUUCAGAUAAAAAUACCACAAAGGCCAAGGUUUCAGACAGCAGUGCUGCGAGGGAUGAUGAAAGAAAAAAUGCUGAAAGAAAAGAUGAGACCCAGCCAGUUAAAGUCAUAACAAAACCAGAAAAAAAGCAAACAGAACCAGCCUCUCAGUCCUCAGAGAGGACCGGUGCUUCAUCAGACCUCCCUGCUCAAACACAACGCGUCGGACGCACGAAGACAACACAACCAGGAAAAACGGCUGUCUGUGCCGUCACCCAGCUUAAUGAGCCAAGUAGUGAGAAAGGGCAGUCAAAGGGGGAGAAGGCAACACAUGUACCCUCUGGGUUGCAGACAAAGUCUACAGUAAGUUCUGGAACAGAGGCAGAGCCAGUUGUGAUUCCAGCAGAGUCACUGCCUCGUUCUGUAUCUGUGGAAAAAACAGAGAAAUCACCGGAUGACUCACGUCCACAUGGAGCUAAUGAUGCUGAGUUCUCCAGCUCAGAGUCUAUUACCAAAGCAACUACAGCAGCUGUGAAAGUGACUGUAAAAGCCGCUGAUGGCACUCCAGCGUUGAUAGCUGCACAGACAGUGCCAGAGAAAAAAUCAUCUGUUAAAGAGUCGACUCCUAUUUCUGUGUCUGGAUCUGCGAAGAGCAAAGGAGCACGGCAGGAUGAUGGGGGGGCAAAUACAACUGUCAUAUCAACGGGAGAUAUAAUGAAACCAGCUCGCCGACAACGCGAGGAAUCAAAAAACACAGAGAGUACAAGUGAUAUCAUUUCCCUCAAGGUUGGGAAAAUAGCACAGAGCCCAUCUGAUAGCGCUGCCUUUAGCUCUAAAGUUAAUGUGUCACAGAAGACAGCUGAGAAAACAGUCCAUUCACCAAGGGAUGAACUUUCACCUGUCGCUAAUGUCGAUAACUCCACACAUCCACAACUACACACAGUCAUAAAGGAACCGGUCAAUAACAAACCCAGUCAAACUCCAAAAGCACCCAUUUCCCCCAAGGAUGAUAAGCCGAUCCCAAACCCAACCCAGGAGUCAACCAUGAAGAAGCUCCAUUUGCCACGAGGACGAAGCAAAGACGAUUUCACAACAGGGCAAGACGCCCCCUCUAGCUGGCUGGAUGUGGACUUUCCCAAACGGAAGCUUAAAGUCCCGGUGCCCAAACUGAGCUCUUCUGGAAGUGAGAGCAAUCUUCUAGACCCUUCUGGUGAUCUAGAUGAUGAUGAUUUCGUUGAGAAAAUCAAGAUGCUUUGCGCCCCGUUCUCCCUCCCGCCACGUAAACACAACCCACUCCGGACACCUCAGCCUCCAUUUGCCAUGCCUGCCAUCAGGGAGGACCGCUUUGAGAAGACGUUUGACCCCGACGAGUUCAAGUUUGGUUUGAGGAAGAAGAAUCAGUUCACCGUAGACACCCCGCCGAGCCUCUUAUCCAGACUCCAGAGCAAGGAGAAUAAAUCUGCCCUGAAGCCUGCCAGGGCUAGUUUGACAGACAGGAGCAUGCUGCUCAGUAGCCUGGACACUCACUCUCGCCUCAGGGGCAAAGAGGACAAAGAUGAGGAGGAUGUCAAGGAAGAGAAAGAGGACCAGGUCAAGGUGAAGUCUCGCCUGGAGGGGAGCUGUGUCCUCAGCAGCCUCUCCUCCUCCAUCUACAGAGGGAAGAGAAAUGAAGUUCAUACGCAGGCAGACGGCACCGACUCUGGGGAUGUUUCACCUAGCGAUGCCCCCCGGCUAAGCCCUCCGCUUUUAUCCCAGUCACCCCCACCAAGCCCGACAUCCUCAGCUCCACUCAAAAAUACGUUGGCCCUGAGCAGCAGAGAGGAAGCCCAGGCUGCAGAGGCUGCGGUCAGUGACUCAGGCCCUCCACUUCCCUGCUUUAACGACUUCAAGCUGCCGGAGUAUUUAGAGAAGUACCUCCCACAAGAACCCGCUCUACCAGAGCAGAGCAUACAAGGACAGGAGCAAAUCAAAACCGAGGUUAUUGGAAAAAUGACAAGCCCAGCCUCUGGAGGAGAAACAGACGGGGCUGUGAAACUUCCUCAUGCUGUGCCUCCAUGUUUUCCUGAGAUUCCUCCAAUCGCACCCCCGACACUCCCCGAGCCUACACAGCCUCCAACUCAGCUCCAGGAAAUACGUAGUAAAAAUAUAAGAACUGUCAAAGGAUUUCACAAGCGCCCUGGAAAGAUGGUGUUGUUUGAGAAAGCUCAGUUCAGUGGACAGGCACAUGAGAUUUACAGGGAUGUAGCAGAUGCUUCUUCUCUGCAGCUCUCACCUCUCAUAUCUGUGAUGGUUGUUAGAGGAUGCUGGGUGCUCUACGAGAAGCCUGGCUUCCAGGGACGCUGCGUCGCCUUGGAGGAGGGAGGCACUGAAUUGACAAACAUGUGGGCAGAGCCUGGGCCGGAGACAGAACCACAGAACAACCCAGCAAUGCUGAUCGGCUCCAUCCGACUUGCUGUCUGGGAUUACAGCCUCCCCCAUAUCGAUCUGUUUACCGAACCAGAAGGCCACGGCAGAGUAACACCUUACCAUGACGACACAAUAGAGACGGGCUCGUUUGGCGUCCCACUGAACACUGCUUCCAUCCAAGUGCACUCUGGGGUGUGGCUGUUGUUCAGUGACCCGGGUUUCCAGGGCAUGAUCUCUGUGCUUGAGAGAGGAGUGUACCCUUUUUCGGAGACCUGGGGCUUCCCAUCACCCUUUGUUGGAUCGCUUAGACCACUUAAAAUGGGUGGUUUCAAAGUAGAGAAUCCACAUGAAGUCAAGGCUGUGGUGUAUGAGAAGCCCGGCCUUGAGGGCUCCUGUUAUGAAAUCGACGGUGACGUUUUCAGCUUUUGUGAAAGUGAAGAAGACAUUGCUACAGAUGGAGAAAACGUUGACUCAACGAAACUGAAGACUGUGGGUUCUUUAAAGAUCAUCGGAGGAUUCUGGGUGGGCUACAGCGAGCCUGGGUUUGAGGGCCAGCAGUACAUCCUGGAGGAAGGAGAGUACCUGGACUGUAGCGACUGGGGAGGCUCAGAGCAGCUCCUGUCACUGCGACCAAUAGUGGCCGAUUUCAUCUCUCCACACCUCAAAAUGUUCAGCGACAGAGAUUUCGGUGAGCUUGGAGUCAACAUUGACCUCACAGUGCCUGUCAUUAACAUGGAUGACACAGGCUACGGCGUGAAGACGCUGUCCGUUGAUGUCAUCGGCGGUGUCUGGGUUCUGUUUGAGGAGCCGGGCUUUUGUGGUGAGUGCUACGUCCUGGAGAAAGGCCUGUAUGGAUGCCCAGACGACUGGGGGGCGCUACAGCCCACAGUUGCCUCAGCAAUGCCUGUUGUGCUGGACGAUUUUGAGAACGCAGCCAAGUUUAAGGUGCAGCUUUUCUCUGAUCCAGGUUUUCAAGGCUCUGUCCUCCCUCUGGAGGACGACGUGGCCUCCCUGCAGGACGGGUUCUCCGUGGCCUCGUGUAAGGUUCUGGCUGGAAGCUGGCUGGCCUUUGAGGGACAGGACUGCACUGGCAGGAUGUAUGUGUUAGAAGUGGGAAGCUACCCAGACCUGAGAGCAAUGGGCUGUGUCAAUGCGAGCUCCUCCAUCCUGUCGCUACAGACCGUUGGCUUUGAGUUUUCACUGCCAUCCAUCACUCUGUUUGAGCGGUGUGGGCUGUGGGGGAAGAGGGUGAUUCUGACAGACGGAUCAGUCAACCUUCAGCUGGCUGGAGGCUGCAGCAGAGUCCAAUCUGUAAUCGUGGAAGGAGGAAUAUGGAUAUUAUACGAGGGUAUCAACUAUCGUGGUCCUCAGAUUUUGCUGAAACCUGGUGAGGUGCUUGACUGGCGCAAGUUCAGCAGCUGGCAAAAAAUUGGAUCCCUUCGCCCCCUCACACAGAAGCGAGUGCACUUCCGUUUAAGGAACAGACAGUCGGGGCUCAUGAUGUCAGUGACCGGCGAUUUGAAUGAUGUCAAACUGCUGCGGGUCCAAGAAAUAGAGGAGACCGAUGGAUUUGAGCAGAUCUGGUUCUACCAGUACGGACAUCUCCACUGCAAGGCGCUGGAGGAGCUCUGCCUGGGUCCCAGUGGGAGCAUUACGAUGGCAGGAAGCCGUGUCGGUCUCACCCCAGAGCCAGACGACCAAGUCCACCUCUGGAGCAUCACUCCUGAGGGCUUCAUCCGCUACUCCCCCUCUUCUGAUCUGGUCCUGGAGGUCAAAGGGGGCGUUCACUAUGACAAAAACCAAGUGAUUCUACAAAUACUCGAUCCAAGUAAACGACAACAACAGUGGGAUGUGGAGAUUAUAUGAAAACACACGAGCUGCUGGACUGGAUCCUUAAUAUGAUCAUCAGAGGCUCCGUCAGGCAACACGCUGACGGGCGAGGUACGUCGACCUCUGCUGCAGGAGGACGUCAACAACGUCCAAUGAGGUCAACAUGGAGAGCCAUGGAUACAUCUGGAAGAAUGUAUUACUACCCAGAGCAGAGUCUGAACUUUAAAUACUUUAUAUUUUACACUUAACCAGUUUAUCUUUUGUCUUUUCCUUGAAUAUAUCUAUUCGCCUGAUUUUAAUUAAAUUAAACAGUGUUAA